UUACAAAAGUAUAUUAGUCAAUGUUACAUAUAUUUCAAUCCUUCAUUUCCAUAUUUACCGCCCAAACCCAUAUGAAGAAUUGAUCCAUUUCUUCAUUCAUCUUUUCAUUGUAUCAAGACUAUAUUCGUUACUCGGUCUCACAAUCGAUCUAUCUCGUUCUCUCUAUCCUUGUUGUGGUUGGUCUUGCAAAUUUAUCCGGGGAAAGAGAAAAAAUGAGUUCGAUAUUUGUGAGAGGUAUGGUACUAAAAUCGGCUGAUGAGGGUUACUCAUCAGCCGGAUUAAAACAAAAGUGGAUUGGUGAAACGGAUGAUCUACAUGGAUUGAAUCAUAAGAAACAACAUACUUUUAUUCGUUGGAUUCGUCGUGGGAGAUUGAGUGCAGUUCGUAGAACAGAGUUGCGAGCGGUUCUUAAUCCUGUGUCCGAGUCUCCGCCCAUAGCUACAACUAAAAAGAGAGUUUUCACUUUUGGUAAAGGAAGGAGUGAAGGCAACAAGAGUAUGAAAUCCUUGUUGGGAGGAAAAGGAGCAAAUCUUGCAGAAAUGGCAAGCAUAGGUCUAUCAGUUCCGCCAGGGCUCACUAUUUCGACUGAAGCAUGUAAUGAAUACCAGCAAAAUGGCAAAAAACUUCCUCCGGGUUUAUGGGAUGAGAUUUUGGAGGGCUUGCAGUAUGUCCAGAAAGAAAUGGGUGCAUCUCUUGGUGACCCUGCCAAGCCUCUCCUCCUUUCUGUCCGCUCUGGUGCUGCAAUAUCCAUGCCUGGUAUGAUGGACACGGUACUGAAUCUUGGACUUAACGAUGAGGUUGUAGCUGGUUUAGCUGGUAAAAGUGGAGCACGGUUUGCGUAUGAUUCGUAUAGAAGGUUUCUAGACAUGUUUGGCAAUGUUGUGAUGGAUAUUCCACAUGCGUUAUUUGAGGAAAAGUUAGGAGAGUUGAAAGCUGAAAGAGGAGUUCAGCUUGACACCGAUCUCACUGCAGCUGAUCUCAAAGAUCUUGUUGAGCAAUACAAGAAUGUGUAUGUUGAAUAUAAAGGUGAAAAGUUUCCUACAGAUCCAAAGAAACAGCUACAGCUAGCUGUGAAUGCAGUUUUUGAUUCUUGGGACAGCCCAAGGGCCAAUAAGUACAGGACAAUUAACCAGAUAACCGGGCUGAAGGGCACUGCAGUUAACAUUCAAUGCAUGGUGUUUGGCAACAUGGGGGACACUUCAGGAACUGGGGUUCUCUUCACUAGGAACCCAAGCACCGGUGAGAAGAAGCUAUAUGGGGAGUUUUUAAUCAAUGCUCAGGGGGAGGAUGUUGUUGCUGGUAUCAGAACACCACAAGAUAUUCUCACCAUGAAGAAUUGCAUGCCAGAAGCAUACGCAGAGCUCGUUGAGAACUGUGAGAUCUUAGAGCGACACUACAAAGAUAUGAUGGAUAUUGAGUUCACAGUUCAAGAAAACAGACUUUGGAUGUUGCAAUGUCGAUCAGGAAAGCGUACUGGUAAAGGUGCAGUGAGAAUGGCGGUAGAAAUGGUGAACGAAAAUCUAAUUGAUACUCGAACAGCAAUUAUGAGGGUCGAGCCUCAACAUCUAGAUCAGCUUCUUCAUCCACAAUUUGAGGAUCCAGCUGCUUACAAAAAGCAAGUGGUAGCAACUGGUUUGCCAGCAUCCCCUGGAGCAGCUGUGGGGCAAGUUGUGUUUAGUGCCGAGGAUGCUGAAACAUGGCAUGCCCAAGGAAAGAGUGCCAUCUUGGUAAGGACAGAAACGAGCCCUGAAGAUGUUGGUGGUAUGCAUGCGGCGGCUGGAAUUUUAACAGCUAGAGGAGGAAUGACAUCACACGCAGCUGUGGUGGCUCGUGGCUGGGGGAAAUGUUGUGUUUCUGGUUGUGCGGAUAUCCGUGUGAAUGAUGAUAUGAAGGUUCUUUUGAUAGGUGAUCAGGUAAUUAGAGAAGGUGAAUGGAUUUCACUCAAUGGCUCCACUGGUGAAGUUAUAUUGGGUAAACAGCCACUGGCUCCACCCGCUAUGAGCAGUGAUUUGGCAACAUUCAUGGCAUGGGCUGAUCAAGUGAGACGUCUCAAGGUUAUGGCGAAUGCCGACACACCUAAUGAUGCCUUAACAGCCAGAAAUAAUGGUGCUCAAGGGAUCGGACUUUGUAGAACCGAGCACAUGUUCUUUGCUUCUGAUGAGAGGAUAAAAGCUGUAAGGAAGAUGAUCAUGGCCGUCACUCUCGAGCAGAGAAAAGCAGCUCUCGACCUCUUACUUCCUUACCAAAGAUCCGAUUUUGAAGGCAUUUUCCGAGCAAUGGAUGGACUACCAGUGACUAUCCGGCUUUUAGACCCUCCACUCCAUGAAUUUCUACCCGAAGGUGAUCUAGAACAUAUCGUGAGUGAACUUACUUCAGAUACAGGCAUGACCGAGGAUGAAAUUUAUUCUAGGAUUGAAAAGUUAUCCGAAGUGAAUCCAAUGCUUGGUUUUCGAGGCUGCAGGCUUGGAAUAUCAUAUCCUGAGCUUACAGAGAUGCAGGUUCGUGCAAUCUUUCAAGCUGCAGUGUCUAUGAGCAACCAGGGUGUAGCGGUUUUCCCAGAGAUCAUGGUUCCGUUAGUCGGAACACCUCAGGAAUUAGGCCAUCAAAUUGGUUUAAUCCGUGGUGUAGCAACGAAGGUUUUUGCUGAAAUGGGGUCAUCAUUAAAGUAUAAAGUUGGCACCAUGAUUGAGAUUCCUAGAGCUGCUCUAAUCGCCGAUGAGAUUGCAAAAGAAGCUGAGUUCUUUUCCUUUGGAACCAAUGAUCUCACUCAAAUGACAUUCGGGUAUAGUAGAGAUGAUGUUGGCAAGUUUCUUCCGGUUUAUCUUUCACAAGGCAUUCUACAACAUGAUCCCUUCGAGGUUCUUGAUCAAAAAGGCGUGGGUCAAUUGAUCAAAAUGGCCACAGAAAAGGGUCGUGCUGCGAAUCCUAGCUUAAAGGUUGGGAUAUGUGGAGAGCACGGUGGAGAACCUUCUUCCGUUGCAUUUUUUCACGGGGCUGGACUAGAUUAUGUCUCUUGCUCUCCAUUUAGGGUCCCUAUAGCAAGGCUGGCAGCUGCGCAAGUCGCUGUUUAGGCUACUUAAACAAGAAUGGUUUAUAUAUCCCAUUGAUGUAUAUAAAUAAUCGUCAAUUUCAUCGUUCUUGUAAUGGCAAGAUGUACACAGUUUAGAUGAAAUAACCAAAUAUAUUUUUGUUCCA